AUGAACAAGACCAGCAUUCCACUAAGGGAGCUUAAUCAUCAAACUUCUUUGAUAGAGGAUAACCCACAGAGAAAGAAACAGGUCAAACGUCAUAAUACUUACAUGCGUAACCUGAAGAAUCGAUUCAAGAGAGUUUAUUCGAACAUUCGCUUCCAGCCAGCUGCUAGAACCAAGCCGAGGAACCACUCUGUAAAGAGGCUUCCACCUUCAAAGAUCAUGGAUCAAAGGAAAACCAUGACUUUAGAGCAAACGAAUGAUAUUCCAGAUUUAGAUAAGGAAAUUACUGAAAGCGAAACUCAACUCUAAACGCAAAGAUCUCGUCAGAAAUCGUCCUGGAGGAUGACUUCACACCAAAUAUGUUCAAUGUUGGACCAAUUAAAAAAAAUUCUAACAAAAAGGGGCGAGCUAAGAGCUCAUAUCGGGCUAGCAACAGGCUCAAGCACUUCACUCAUGAUGGUAAUCUUAAGGAAUCCAUCAGAGUUUAUUCUCAGAUGAAUGAGAAUAUUCAAAAUGAAAGAAAAAUUUACUCAAAAUCAAGAGCUGAUAGGGUCAUCAAAGAUUACAACUUAUGAAAUGACCAACAGAUCACCAACUUCAGGAAUGGUAGCAACAAGCGGAAGCGGCCAUUCACAGCAAAAACAAGGUUUACAAAAAUAAAACGAAAGUCUAAUCUAAAUGACGAUAUUAAGAGCUUCAAGCCAGUCCUGAAAGGGAAAACCAAGAUUUAUAAGUCUGAAUAUGUAGCCACAACUUAUGUACCCAAAGCCAGGACCCACAAGAGAGGCUCCAAGAGAAUACUCCAGAGCACAAGAAGAAAACAUCGUAGUAGUCAUGUGCUGACUGAUCAUCUUGGGCUAGAUGCUUCUGAGAGCACAAAGCUGUGCCCCAAGAAAAACCUGAGUCCGGAGAAGUCAUACCAAAGAAGAAGAGAGGACAUAAUGCAAAGACUCAGUAAGGAGGCCAAGAGUUCUAUCUGGCCUCGCCAGAUAGAACAACUUGGGACUUACAAGUCAUUCUAUUGGUCUCCAGAUUUUAGCUAUUGUGGGUUCUCCACUCAGAGUAAUGGCAACAAGGCUGCUCACGACUUGAGGAAGUGCCGGGUCAGAGAGCCAAGUAUGGCGAAUACCCUCUCCUUCUAUAGCAGGCUAAAGCCUGCUAUAACUAGGAAGGAUAUCAGGAAUAGCACUCCAAACCGGGCUGCCACUGGUGAACAAAAAUAAAUUGGCACCUUCAAUUUUUGGAAAC